AUGGACUAUAAGCAAAUAAAUCACACCCUGAGACCUGAGUUCAUUUUUGUUGGAUUCUCUAAUCAUACUGGAAUACAAGUGUUAUUCUGUGUUGGGUUUAUUACUAUGUAUACACUCACACUUUUGGGAAAUGGCCUCAUUAUCACCCUCACCUUGGUUGAUUCAGCCCUUCACACACCUAUGUAUUUCUUCUUGAGGAACUUGUCCUUUCUAGAGAUUGGCUACACUUCAGUGACCCUCCCUAAGAUGCUAGUCAAUUUUGUAUCUGAGUCCAAGAGUAUCUCCUUUGCUGGUUGUGCUGCACAGAUGUAUUUUCUUCUUUCACUUGGAACUGUUGAGUGCUAUCUCUUGGCUGUCAUGGCAUAUGACCGCUACAUAGCCAUCUGCUCUCCGCUCCAUUAUCCUCUGAUUAUGAACCAAAGGACUUGUGCUCAGAUGGCUGUUGCCUCUUGGCUCUGUGGACUUGUGAUGCCCCUUGGCAAUGUGGUUUGGAUCUUCACCUUGCCUUACUGUGGUCCAAACAAGAUUAAUCACUUCUUCUGUGAUGUGCCACCAGUGCUGAAGUUGGCAUGCACCGAUACCACACAGAAUGAGAUGUCCAUCCUUGCAUUAAGUGUUCUAAUAACCUUAUCUCCAUUCCUGCUGGUGCUGGUUUCUUAUGUCCGUAUCAUUUUCACUGUAGUGAAAAUGCCUUCAGCUGAGGGUAGGCACAAAGCCUUCUCCACUUGCUCAUCCCACCUCAUAGUAGUCACCCUGUUCUACGGCUCUGCUAGUGCCAUGUACCUGCGCCCAAAGUCCACCCACAUUGAAAAUAUAGAUAGGUUGGUUGCCCUAUUUUAUUCUAUCAUCACUCCAAUGCUGAAUCCUAUGAUCUAUAGUUUAAGGAACAAAGAAGUGAAAAAUGCCCUAAGGAAGCUUUUAUCCAUGAAAAAGCCAGCAAUUUCCAGAAUAAUUUCCAUUAAUGCAUUUCCUAAUUUUAUAAUAUGA